GUUUUUCUAGACCAGGAUGAAACCUAAUGGCAUGGCUACGCGAAGCCGGAAUAUUCAAAUAUGGGCCUCGAUUAUUAUCAAUUGCUAGAUAUACCCCGAAGUGCAGACCAUGCAGAUAUAUGCAAGGCUUACCGAAGACUUGCUUUGCACUACCACCCUUGCCGUGCUCAACCUGGAGAAGAUUUCCAUGAAUGCUUUCUAGCUAUUUCAGAGGCUUACGAUGUCCUGUCAGACUUAAAAAAGAAGGCAAUCUAUGACCGAUUUGGAGAAGAAGGUUUGAAAGGUGGUGUACCAGUUGAUUCGGAAUGGACAAAGCCUUAUGUAUAUCAUGGAGAUGCACACAAAACUUUUAUUUCUUUUUUCGGAACAGAUAAUCCCUUCAGCGGACUUCAGGAAGAAAUGGACUCACAGGUUGAACAUAAUUUCGGAGGUUCUCAUGGUCGUGGUUUUCCUCAUCAAGACCCACCAAUUGAACGUGAACUGUUUCUAACACUUGAAGAAGUAUACAAUGGGUGUACUAAAAAGAUGAAAGUUUCUCGCCGAAUAAUGAAUGAAGAUGGGCACACAAGCAGUAUCAAGGAUAAAAUCCUUUCACUGACUGUUUUUCCUGGAUGGUAUGAAGGCACUCGUAUUACAUUCCCCAAAGAAGGUGAUCAAGGUCCAAAUACAAUUCCAGCUGAUAUUGUGUUUAUCUUACGUGAUCAUCCGCAUAAACAUUUUAAACGUGAAGGAACUGACUUAAUAUUUACUUCAGCAGUACCAUUGGGCCAAGCUUUAUUGGGUUGUAUUGUAGACGUGCAUACAUUGGAUGGAAGAUUGUUACACGUUCCUAUCACAGAAAUCAUUCAUCCCGAUUAUGAAAAAGUUGUGCCAUGUGAAGGUAUGCCACUACCUGAUAAUCCAGAAAAGAAAGGCGACUUACGAAUUCGAUUCAAUAUUCAAUUUCCUAAAAAAUUAAGUGGCGAUCAAAAGUUGCUUAUUGAACGAGCAUUUUUUGGAUAAUUGCCUUUUUCUUGAACAAUACUAUUUUUAUCAUUUUGAAAUCAUAGUAGACACUUAUGGAUAUAAAUAUAUAUAGAGAGCAAUAAUCAGAAUUUUUAUUUUUUUUCAAAAUUUUAUCUCUUGAAUAAUAGUGUUUGUAUACAUCUGUGUUAUAAAGAAUUAUGAACACUUGUAGUUUUCUCAAUUAUGCUGAUAAUAAACAUCUUUUUAAUGAGCAAAUUAAAAUGUUAUUCUACUUCAUUUUUUAACAACAUAUCAUUUUGGUGCGAUGUUUAAAAUG